ACGACGACGCAGCUCCGCGCACGCCACACUACUGGCACAAUGCCAAAACUGCCGUCACAGCAGAAAUGUUUUUUUUCUCGAUUGCAAUUGUGGAAUUAUUUAUUAAACAGAAGAUUAUCUUUCCGAAAAACCGACUGAUUUUAUACACAGAUGCAUGGAAAAUAAAAAAAUCCCGGAUCAAGAUGGAGCUGGAAGUAAUUGAUUACGAGAGCCUUCCGACUACGAGUACAACAGUGCAGAUGGCUGGAGGUGCAGUUGCUGGAGUCCUGGAACACUGCAUAGUUUAUCCGCUGGAUUCAGUAAAGACGCGGAUGCAGUCACUCAGCCCCGCCCCCGCGGCACGGUACCGGGGCGUCUCGGACGCCCUGUGGCGGAUGGUGCGGCACGAGGGCGCCCUCCGGCCCGUCCGGGGUAUGUCGGCCGUGGUGGCCGGCGCCGGGCCCGCGCACGCACUCUACUUCGCCUCCUAUGAGAACCUCCGCGACCGUCUGCAGCAGGCGCGCGUGCUGCCGCACUCGCUGGCGCCGGGCGCCGCCGGCGUGGUGGCCACCCUCAUCCAUGACGCCAUCAUGACACCCGCGGAUGUGGUCAAGCAGCGGAUGCAGAUGUACAACUCGCCGUUCCGGUCGUGUGUGGAGUGCGCGCGCUCCGUGUACCGACAGGACGGCCUGCGCGCCUUCUACCGCGCCUACGGCACCCAGCUCACCAUGAACGUGCCGUUCCAGUCGAUCCACUUUGUGCUGUACGAGUGGGCGCAGCGGGUGACCAACCCGCAGCGCCAGUACUGGCCGGCCGCGCACAUGCUGAGCGGUGCUCUGGCCGGCGCCGGAGCCGCCGCCAUCACCACGCCUCUGGACGUUUGCAAGACGCUGCUCAACACCCAGGAGGCCAGCGUGCUCGGCCAGGGAACGCAGACCGUGAACGGCCUGGCCGCCGCCGUACGGAUUGUGUACAGCCACGGCGGCCUGCCCGGGUUCUUCCGUGGCCUGAGAGCGCGAGUCGUCUACCAGAUGCCGUCAACGGCCAUCUGUUGGACCGUCUACGAGUCGAUGAAGUACGGUCUGACGCGCAUGGGAGCUGCAGAUCUGGUCGAGGAGGAGUCAGCGCCUCCGGCGGCGGCCUCGACGCCCGCCUCCUCCCCCGCGCCCGCCGCCUCUGCGGUCGCCUCCUACCCGACGGUGACGUUUUCGAAUCGAGCCCACGCGGCCGCCGCGCCGCCCUCCGACUUCGUGACGCCGCGCUCGUUGUGAGCCCCCCGAGCACGAGCAGCACCCGUCCGCACUGCUGGAGCGGACGGCGACAGAAUCAGCACCGGAUCUGUGAUGGUGGGCCGCCGCGUGCGACCCACGGAAAGACGACACGCUGCGGCCGUCUGAGGCGCGCCGGAGACACGUUUUACUCCGCGCCGCCGACGCCGAACGCCGCUGAAGUGGGCGCUGGCGACAGCGCCGCCGUCGUCCCGGCCUGCUCAGAAGCAGUAUUGUGUCCAGGCCACAACACGCCCGUCGCGGCGCGGCGACGCGCAAUAUUUUUAGAUGGGUGAUCGCAAUGUACCUGACUCUAGUCAUGCGGUGCGCUCUGAGAAAGGGCCGCCACAUACUAGUUGGGAACCGUUAGCCGCCGCCCAGACUGCCUCGCUAUCCUCCGCUCACGGCCUCCCCUCCCCCCCCCCUAAGUGUCCUGUCCCGCUUAUCAUCCGCUCACGGCCUCUCCUCCCUUAUGUGUCCUGUCCCCGUCCCGUUUACCUAUCCUUACCUCACUGUCUCCGUCAUCGCUUUCUUUUCCUUAUCCCUUUCUCCAUUUCCUUUUUCUCACCCCCUUUCACACCAACUCACCACUUCUGUCUUCUCAAUAUGCCUUUCUUGAUAUGGCCUGAACCUUCAGCCAUUUUGAUAAAAUUAUCCCAACCCAUGCCGCCAAUCCCCGUCCACGCCCACCAGCAUACGACAUAUAUCCCAUCAUAUCUCCCGCCCCCCCCCCCCGACCCCCGCCAGUAUCCUCUGCCGUCUCUGCGUACAUCCGUUCUCUGAGGAUGUAGACCGACAUUGCCGACCCCAUUGGAGUUCGUCUCGACCCCUGCGCUGCCGCCUGCGAUCGUGACCGGGUUUUCGUUUUGUUUCCCCUCUCGGAGUGAGGAGUGUGACCCUGUGCGGGCGUCUGUGCCUGUCUGUGUGAGAGUGAAGUCACUGAGCGCUCCGCCGACUGAUCCCGGUUGGUGGCCGAGCGGGUAGAUUGACAGCAGGAUACGCCAGUGUGAGCUCUCUUGUCGUGUCCGUAUGGAUCCUCCCACCUUGUUUCACACUUGCAUACCGAAUUAGACCUGCGCCGGCCUCUGUCAACCAUCACCAAUCGCGAGAUUGUGAACCACUGUGCGAUCGUGAACCACUGACGAGCUACUUUCGGAGAUUCAGGGCCGUAUUUAUUUGAUUUAUUCUGAUCGCGUUGAUCGCAUUGAAUUCCCAGCUGGGUAACAUUUUCUCUCGGUCUAGUUUGUGUUCUUCCGCGAUUCGUAAUGCCUCGGCGCUUACGGCCGAGGGAGGUCUGUUUUCUCCACUUCUGUUUGCAUGAAUUGCGGCCCGCGAUUGGUGGCCGGCCGCUGGCCGCGACACUAACGCUGAACUUCAUAAUUGUAUCGUCUAGUUAUAUCCUACGCGUAAGAGAGACAACAGCGGGCAGGCAGAGAGAUUCAGGCCCAGGGGAGGCUUAACUUUCUUUCCGGCUCCGCUGUUCUAGCCGAGUUAAGCCUUAUCUGGUAAGAAAGCAAUGGGCAGGAGAGGUUCAGGUCCAGGGGCGGCUUAACCCUUCCCAGCACCGUUGUUAAAGCUGUAUAAGUUGUUAUUUGAUAGUGAAUAUAUGAACAAAUGCGUCUUAAACA